AUGCCGCACAUCACAGUCUUGUGCUUUUCAGGCGCCUCGCUGUGCGUUCGGGCGUGUGGAGCUCUCGCAAAAUGCAGCCUUCGCUACAAGAAGACCCUCCUCGCCCUCGACUUCUGUGACGUCUUCUCGGCCCGCCUCACAAGCGAGAUCGCGCCCGCCCUCGACGCCUUCGUCCCGGCCUUCCUGAAGCUACCGAGCCUCGAGCUCAUCCGGCUCUCCAAGAACGCCUUUGGCUUAACACGCGAAAUCAACCUACUCGUCCGCAAGGGGCCAGUCGAGCUACCGCAUCUCAACAUUCUAUAUCUCGAGGACAACACCAUCGGCUCUGAGGGCCAGACCCACAUGGCUCUGGCCGACGCCGUUGCGUGCUGGCCAAAACUGGAGAUAUCUGAUCUCAACGACAGCCUGCUCUGCGCUAAGGGUGCUGCGCUGCUGAUCGUUGCCCUGAAGGCGAGUUGCGGAUAG